AUGCCUGAUAGCCCGAAGAAAAAGCGGGCCAAGCGCAAAGCUGUCGAAAAUGACCUCAAGGCCCUCAAGCCAAAGAGAUCGCGGGCUCAGCAUGAGGUACCUUCGGUGAUGGCUCCCGACAUGGAUGACUCUCAACAUCCUCGACGUUCAGGACAUCCAGGCAUGGGGAAGGGAGGCAGGAAUGCUCAACUAGAGCGAUUAGAUGCCAUCUUGGAUGCUCCAGCACAGGCUAGCCAGCCUAAGGGCUCUAACUCUUUUGAUUUGACUGUUCCUGUAAACCCUGUUGCUCCAGAACCGCCCCGCAAGGGUUGCGGAAGUCAUUCAAAGGUAACUGCACUAAUCAUCCAGCAGAAAAAGCAGCCCCCUCCCCCAUAUCACAUCUCAGAGCAACCGAUUCCCAAUGCCACAACUCCCAAUGCUACAACUCCCAACACUACGAUUCCAAAUGCCAAGAUUCCCAGAGCGCAGCCGAAAGCAAAGGCCAUUGUUCCUCCUCAUCCUAGCAUGGAGACAGUGAAGAGUCAGCCCGCUUUCAUACAAUGCGAAGAUGGCGGACGGUUUGGAUUUUCUCCACCCAUUGUCCCCCCUGGCACGGAACCUGACCUUCAGGCCUUGAACAACUCAUUUGUGGCUGCAGCUAAAGUGAAGCACGUUUUGUCCACUUCCAAUGCUUCCCAAAGUCAGCUUCCUGGUAUUGUUCCUGAUGCUUCUGGCAGUCAUCUUAUUAGUGGUGAAGAUUCAUCGCAGACGGCACUCUUGAGGACGACGACUCCAAUCACUGCGGCAGGCAUCCACUUUUACCAGAGUUUGGACCCUGCCCUCCGGCCGACUGGAUCACAAAGUACAGAAUCUGAAAGUUCUAACAUUAGUGAGGGUGAGAGUUCAUCUGACAAAGAUAGCGAAGACCAGCAAAUCGGUUGGGGGGCGGUCGGUGGGCGUCAUAGCACACACCCUGGUUUUUCUGGGGAAGAGCGACCAUCCCAACCUCAGGUGGUGUCCGCUCUUCCACCAGAUUUUGAAUUUCAAUAUUCGCAUGAUGAAGAUGACCAAGUGGCUGAGAAAAAUUUGGCAGUCAACAGCUACUCGAGCGAUAGUACAGAUGUCAGAAGUAUUCCUGAGCCAGAUGAUGUCUUAAAGUUUUAUCAUGAGAAGAAUGGUCGUCCCCAGAUGCCUGAUCCUGAACUCUUAGACCUUCUCCGAGUUGCUGAGACAACCACCACCGACUCAAAGGUAAACUUACAGGCAGCUAAAGCUUCAGUAAAGUCCAAGGAGGUUGAGGGGCCUAAUGCCACCCAACUGGGCUGGUAUGGUCCUCGCUGGAAAAGUUUCCUCGAGAAUGCCAAGGGGGAGUGUCGUGCGCAGCAAGCAUUGGAAAACCCUUUCCCGAAGCUGGUUGAGGAUCUGCUGAUAUCUAUCACGGAAUCUCUUUCAGCGUCCCUCAUGAGCUGGCUCAAAAUGGUGGACAAAUCGAACCCGCUGUAUGAUGAUUUGGCAACAUGGUGUUCCAACCUCAAAAAGAUCGCCAUUGCCAUCGCACCUUCUGCAUACAACCUUGUUCCCCCAGCCACCAUCCCCGUUCAAGAGCAUGCAGCCUGGAUUGAAGAGGCCGCUACAAAUUUACUAGAAAAUUCCAUGUUUCUUCAUAACGGAGUGGAUGAGUUGGGGAAGACCAGGAACUUUGCUCAUCCUGGGCUUCGCGAGGUCACUAUACUUUUCCUCUACACUGGAUCCUAUCGCAUUGCUCGUAGGUGGCCCGAUAUAUUUAAGAAGGAGAUACCAUUGACUUGCUUAGCUCUCGUCUGCACAGUAGUAUUUUCCUUGAUGUUGUUCAAUUGCAUCUUCAAUGGCCUGGUGAAAAACGGAAACAGAAAAUCUUUCCCAAAGUUCAUUGCCAAGGAGUACGAACCCAUUUACAAAACAAUGCUUGAGCUUCUCCGAACCGUCAUGGAAGACCCUUAUCACGGUCCCAGGCUGGUGCAGCAACUUCGUGCAUGGGCUGAAGCUGGAUGGGAAGAGUCCUGUAAGCUCGACGGCAUUGACCCAUCAAAGCGUUGA